AUGAGUGCAUUAAUGAAAGCUGCCGUGGCUCGUAGCCCUGCCUCACUGGCAUCUUAUUUAUAUAGGAAUCUCCAUCUGUCGGUUGGGGGUGCAUCACCACUAAAAGAUGCAUCAGCUAACUCAAAUACAUCACAAUCUUACACGAUCAUUGACCAUAAACAUGAUGCAUUGGUCAUUGGUGCUGGAGGGGCAGGUCUCAGAGCUGCUUUUGGCUUAGUACAGGAAGGCUUCAAGACAGCUGUUGUAACUAAGCUUUUUCCAACAAGAUCUCACACAGUUGCUGCGCAAGGAGGCAUUAAUGCCGCUUUAGGUAACAUGGAAGAGGAUAGCUGGUUGUGGCAUAUGUAUGACACUGUUAAAGGAUCUGAUUGGCUUGGCGACCAGGAUGCUAUUCACUACAUGACCAGAGAAGCACCUCAUGCUGUCAUUGAACUUGAUAACUAUGGCAUGCCAUUCUCCCGUACACCUGAAGGAAGAAUCUACCAACGAGCCUUUGGGGGACAGUCUCUUAAAUUUGGCAAGGGUGGACAGGCACAUAGAUGCUGUGCUGUAGCUGAUAGAACUGGCCACUCUCUCCUGCACACACUGUAUGGUCAAUCCCUGCGAUACGACUGUGAAUAUUUCAUUGAAUACUUUGCAUUGGACCUGUUGAUGGAAGAUGGAGUCUGCAAAGGCUGCAUUGCACUUAAUCUCGAGGACGGAACCCUUCACAGGUUCCAAGCAAAGAACACGAUCCUAGCCACGGGCGGCACGGGGCGCUCGUACUUCAGUUGCACGUCGGCGCACACGUGCACGGGCGACGGCACCGCCAUGGCGGCGCGUGCCGGCCUGCAGAACGAGGACAUGGAGUUUGUGCAGUUCCAUCCUACUGGUAUCUACGGGGCCGGCUGUCUCAUGACUGAGGGUUGUCGUGGAGAAGGUGGUUUCCUGGUAAACGCCAAGGGUGAGCGCUUUAUGGAGCGAUACGCCCCCGUCGCCAAGGAUCUGGCCAGCCGUGACGUUGUGUCUAGAGCCAUGACUGUGGAAAUUAUGGAAGGUCGCGGCUGUGGUCCGGAGAAAGACCACGUGCACCUGCAACUGCACCACCUGCCGCCUGAGCAGCUCAAGCAGCGCCUGCCCGGCAUCUCGGAGACGGCCAUGAUCUUCGCCGGGGUCGAUGUCACUAAGGAACCCAUCCCUGUGCUGCCCACCGUACAUUACAAUAUGGGCGGCACACCCACUAACUUCAGAGGCGAGGUGAUAACCCACAAGAACGGUCAAGACCGAGUGGUGCCGGGGCUGCUGGCGGCGGGCGAGGCGUCGUGCGCGUCGGUGCACGGCGCCAACCGCCUCGGCGCCAACUCGCUGCUCGACAUCGUGGUGUUCGGCCGCGCCUGCGCGCUCACCGUCGCCGACACCAGCCGGCCGGGCGACGCGCAGGCGCCGUUGAAGGACACGACUGGCCAAGAGAGUAUCGCCAACUUGGACAAGGUCAGACACGCGAACGGUAGUAUUUCAACGGCGGAAUUGCGCUUGCGCAUGCAGAAGUGUAUGCAGAAGAACGCAGCCGUAUUCAGACAGAAGAGCACCCUCGAAGAAGGUCACCAGCAAAUUCACGAGAUCUACAAACAGAUGGCAGACGUAAAGGUAUCAGAUAGGUCCCUGAUCUGGAACAGUGAUCUGGUAGAGACCUUGGAACUCCAGAACCUUCUAAUCAACUCCGUGCAAAUAGUUGAGGGUGCUCUCGCCCGUGAAGAAUGGACAGACGAAGCUCCCGUUCGAGAAGCACUGGCGCAAGCACACGCUGGCGGAGAUGGACGUGGCGACGGGCGCCACCGCGCUCUCCUACCGCCCCGUCAUCGACCACACGCUGGACCAGCGCGAGUGCCAGACCGUGCCGCCCGUCAUCCGCACGUACUAGCCGCGCCACCGCGCACGCAUUCACUGCACGUAAUCUCUGAAAGGGUGCUGACUGAGCAAGGCAGUAUUUCCCAUCGCAUCCCGGCCCAAAUAAUGUUCACGUCAUUAUUUAUUUCAUUAUUUAUUGUAGUGAUAGCUUUUAAGCGUAACAACUUUUUUGCCACCUGUAUAUAUGGUGUAUGUAGAAAUGUAAAUAUUUUUCAA